UAGCAAUAAAAUUUGAUUGUAUUUGAGAUGGAGUAUAGUUUUAAUUUCUUCCCCAUCUUCCCUGAAUUACAUCUCUGACCAUCUGUUCCCUCCCUAACUUGUUGGUUUCUCUUUAUUUCUCUCUUCUCUCUCACUUCCUUUUGAGUGUGUUAUCUUGAAAGCAAACACACAAAUAAACUACUCUAAAGGCAUUCAACUCAUCAAUCAAUAAUAUCAUAUUGAAAGUACAACAACACAAUCUAUUACAAAAGCAUAUUCUACCAUUUAUCUACUUUCUCAUCCAUUGGAUGAUUCACAUCCACAUGGAAACAUCAAUGAAAGGAGGAGGAGGAGGAGGAGGAAAGGUUAAUGUUAAUGUUAAUGUUACUGAAGAUGAUAACAGUGAUGGAAUGCAAUGCAUUGAUCAUCCUUAUAGAAACAACCCUGGUGGGAUCUGUGCUUUUUGUCUUCAAGAAAAACUUGGUAAACUUGUUUCUUCUUCUUUUCCUCUUCCUAUUCCUCCUUCUUCCUCUUCUUCUUCUUCACCUUCUUUCAGAUCCCACAUUGUUCCUCAUUCUUCAUCUUCAACUUCCACUACUUUUCACUGUCCUUCUUCUUCUUCUUCCAUCAAUAUUACAACUUCAGCACCAGCACCACCACCACCACCACCCACAACAACCAUUGUUGCUUCUUCUUCUAUCUCUCUUUCUGUUUGUCCCACUACUACAAAAAAUGAUAAUCAUUACCAUGAAUACUAUUAUAGAAAAACUCGUAUCCCUUUUCUCUUAGCCAAGAAAAAGAAGAAAAAAACCUCUGUUUCAACCUCUGUUUCUGGUUCUGCUUCUAAUAUCAUUCUAAAGCGAAGCAAAUCAACUGCAACACCAAGAAGAGGUAACUCUUUGGUUGAUGCAGAUGAUGAAGAUUUUAGUCCAAGAAAAAGAAAUGGGUUUUGGUCUUUUCUCUAUAUUUCUUCAAAGUCUUCAACUUCUGCUAAGUUGAAUUCAAAGAGUUUUAGAGACAGAAAUAAUAAUGCUGUAACUGGUGCAGCAAAGUUAAAGGAAAAGUGUUGUUCUGGUUCUUCAUUAGGAAGAAAGAGUGACAUUGUUAUUAUUGAAGAAGAUAACAGUCCUAACAACAGCAAAAACAACAAUACAGGUUCUUCUUUUGAACGCAAAGUUUCAAGAUCUAGAUCUGUUGGAUGUGGUAGCAGAAGCUUCUCUGGUGAUUUUUUUGAAAGAAUCUCAACUGGGUUUGGAGAUUGUACUCUAAGGAGGGUUGAAUCACAACGUGAAGGUAAAUCAAAAGCUGUUUCUACUUCUUCUUCUUCUGUUGCUGCUUCUUCUGUUAAUCAUCACAACCAUUGCAUGAAGGAGAGAGUUCUACGACGUUGUGGUGGAAUAUUCAGUGGUUUCAUGAUGACUUCAUCUUCAUCAUCAAAUUCAUCAUCUUCAUCUUAUUGGGUUUCUUCUAAUUCUGCUGAUGAUGCUGCUGUGAAUGGAAAACAAGCUGCUUCUGUGACACUUUCUCAAAACCGUGGUAAAAGUUGGAGUUGGGCAUUUGCUAGUCCUAUGAGAGCUUUUAGUAGCAGCAACAAAGGAAAUUCUUCUAAAGAAAAUCAUCAAAAUAGAAGGGAUAUUAUUAGAGAUGCUAAUGAUAAUAAAAAUGUCACACCAAAUUUAUCUGCUAUGCCAUCUUUGCUUGCUGCUAGAGGCUGAUUACAACACAACAUGCUGGUGAGAGAGGGUUAUGAAGUUCUGCAGUGUCCAGAAGUAUUCUUAUGAUGGCAUGAUGGUAAUUAUUGGUACUUUUUUGAGAUGAGGAAAUGGAGAAGAAAAUCUCGAUGCAUUUUCUGUCAUCACGUGGCUUGUCUUAAUUGUGACAUUGGUUGUAGUAUUUUUUUGAGGCUUCCUUAUUGUAAUUCACACUUUGGUGUUGUUAUGCCAAAGACAUGUAAUUUUCACUUUUUUAUAAUCACUAUUCACAUGCAUACACAUGUUUGGGUAGUGUAGAGACACAAAAGGAGAUACCUAUAUAUAAUAUAUAAUCAAUCACUCUUGGCUAUUUCUUUAUGUAUCAUUGAGUUUUAAUAUGCAAUUUAAUAAAUUGUUGUUGGUGAUAUUAA